GUAAUGACAAUGAUAUAAACCAUUUAACACAAUUUCAACAUGUAUGACAUUAUGGUUUACAUUUUCAACCAGAAUGAGUGGCCAUGAGUUCGACCAUUGAGAAAGAAAUCAAGAAACCAGCAGCCAUAUCAUUCUUGAUGCCGGCGAGUUUUUGUCAUCUCUUCCAUGUCGCAUCAUAUAAUUACGAAAACCAGUAAUAGGAAGCAUAGAAGCAGUUGCUUUCUGGGUUGUUUUGGAUUUUCAGUUAAGGAUGAUGAGAAAAAGAUCUCUGCCGGCGGCGACGGUGAAAAGGACAAAUAUGGUGGCCAAAGAAUUUUCCGGCCGUACUGGUUUACAAGAAUGAAAAAAUCAUCUGCUAAAACUGUUCCAAUGAACAGCUCCAACUUUGCACCAAAGUUGAGGUCAAGCAAGAAAAUUCAUGUUCCUAAGGAAGAUAAGAAUUCGUAUGCUAUAAAUGAUCAGCUUCCGGCCACCGCCGGUGGCAGCGGAAAUAAUCUGAAUAUGGUUAUGGCGGCAGAACCUGAUCAAAUUCGCCUACACAAAUCUACUGAGGCCACGACGGACAACGGCGGUGAGCACAUCAUCCUUAAAAAGACUAAAACUUUGGGUGCAGAAAAUGAGACGAUUAGGAACAAUACAAGCCGAUCAACAAGGAAGAAGCUGUCAAAAUCAAUGCCUGAACAGGGAAUUUACGGUCGUGAGUCAAUUGAAAAUCAUGCCAAAUUUGGGUCACUCAUUGGGAUAUCAGUUCUAAUGGUAAUACUUGGAAUUAUGUUACUUUGGGGCAAAUUAUGUGCCAUUCUUUGCGCGGCCAUUUGGUUUUAUUGCAUUUCUAGUUUUCGAGCACAACAAAGAAAUGAAUUCAACACGAAAAAAGGUUCAUCCAAGGAGUUUGAUGAAUCAAAUGUAAAGGAGCAUAAUAAGAAAGUUGUGUUACAAGGAUUUCUCGAGAGAUCAAAUCAAUGUAAGUAAAUUCGUCAACUUUUUGACAUUUUGUUAGUGUGAUUUGGGUAUGGUCUUUA